AGGGGGGCAGUUUUUAUAUUAAAAAGGUCUUGCAAAGAGAGGGACAGCUUUAUAGAAGGGUUUUGCAAAGGUGGGGGUCUUGCAAAGAGAGAGGGAUAUUUUCAAUAUAUAAAGGGAUCUUGCAAAGAAGGACAUUUUAAUAUAAAAAGGGGGGUUCUUGCAAAGGGGGAGAGAGAGUUGUCAAUAUAAAAAGAGGCCUUGCAAAGGAGGAAGGACAGUUUAUAUAUAAAAAGGGGCCUUGCAAAGAGAGAGGGACAUUUUCAAGAUAAAAAGGGGCCUUGCAAAGAGGGAGGUGGGGACAGUCCAGCUGCAAAUCCUCCUCUUGGGUCAUCAUUCUCUCCAGGACAUGCAGCUUCUUUGCAAUUAGCCAUUCAUUUCUUUUUAAAAUGAGAAAUAAUGAGGGUUUACGCCCAAGGAUUAGUCUGAAGAAGCAAUCCAAGGGGAAAACAAAUAAUUCCUCCUCCCCCUCCCAGUCUUGAGCAGUCUCAGUCUUGGAUGUUUCCUUUAUGUGCUAGAAAUGGAAAGGCUUUUGUCUUUUUUGAAAUGACUUUGUUACUUUGAUUGCAUAGCCUCAAUCUGUUUAGAGGUAGGCCUUAGACUCUCAUUUGGAAAGCCUGCUGCGCCUCCCCCAAAAGCCAGAUCUGUAGGGAGGAGCAAUGGCUGCUCAGGGAUGGGAGGGGGGGGAGAAAAAUAUUUUUGCACAUGCUCAGAGGAAGUCUUGGAAGGUUCUACACUGAGUCCUGAUAAAAAUUUUAAAGCUUCAUCUGGGAUAUAGAAGGAAGUGUGGAGGGCAAUUGAUCCAUGAGACUUUCCAUGUGAAGACACGCUGUUUCUGACAGAAAAUGGCCAAAACAGUGUCAGCUCAGAUAGAGCAGGAUCUCCUGGCCUCUGAUCAAGGAAGCCUCUACAGGGAAGUAAUGCAAGAGAGCUACAACACCAUCUUUAUGGCCUCUCCUCUUCAAACCUCUGAACUGCUGGCUCAUCUGGAACGAAGGCAAGAGUCCUGGGACCCAGAUCUCCAGACCUCUGAUAGUGCCGCUGCUGAAGCUGUUUCUGCUUCUGAAGGGCUCGAUAAACAAGUUCUGACAAAAUGGCCAGAGACUGGAAACUGGUGGAAUUCCUACCGAAGUCCUGUGAGCGUGCCCAGUUCAGAUUCAUCUAGUUCAGAUGAUGACUCAGUAAGUGAAAAAGAAGAGGAAGGAAGUGUUCAGCAGGAGGGUCCCAGGGCUGCAAAGCCACGAGCACCUCUCUUAGGUAAAUGUGAUGCUAGCUGCCAGAAGGAAGAAGCUUAUAAGAGUUGGCGUGGUCAGCUUGAGGGCAGCAUCUAUCGAACUGACAAAAACGACAGGGACCUUCUUAGGAAGAGAAAUGGUCAGCGAGGAAUAGAUGCAGAAGAAGGCCAGAAUGUAUGCUCCGAAUGUGGGAAACGCUUCAGUCGGAGAUCAUCCCUGAGCAGACAUCUCAAAAUCCACAGUGGAGAGAGACCCUAUAAAUGCUCCAUUUGUGGCAAAUGUUUCCUUGAUAAAUCAAGGCUGUCUUUACAUAUAAGAAAAGUGCAUAAAAGAAAGACUCAGUCAGGAAGGGAACUCUAUGAAUGCCCUGAGUGUGGGGAGAGCUUUGUUACAAGAGCCAUUCUUACUGAACAUCAGAAAACACACACCAGUGAAGCAACCUAUCCAUGCCCUGCCUGUGAGAAAAGCUAUACAGAAGAGAGAUAUCGUAUUAGGCACUUGAUGGUAGCCCACUCAGGAGCACAUCUCUUUAAAUGCUCUAAUUGUGGGAAAGGUUUCAUAAAACAGAAAGAUCUCAUUAGCCACCAAACGACAGUCCACAUGGAGAACAAUUGCUACAUGUGUCCUGACAGCGGAACAAGCGACAGGGAAAAAUUAUCCCUAAUCAAACAUCAGAGGCUGCAUAUGGGAGAAUUUUCUUGCAAAGAUCCAAAAUAUACAGAUAAUUUUGAAGACAACAGAAUAUUUGCUGGUCAUUGUAGGAUGAAUGAAAAAGAGCAGCCUCAACAACACUUGAAUCACCAAAUGCAUUUUCUGGAAGGAAGUAAUCCAGAAGGCUAUGUUGGGACAUGCCCUGAAUGUGGAAAAUGUUUCAGAAAUGAGAGGUGUUUUUUUAAUCAUCAGAGAAUGCACAUGCAAGAGCAAUCAUAUAAGCAAGCAGGUGAAGGGGACCCCCUCAAGGAAGAAGAGCCACUCCCUGCAAUUCAGACAAACCAGGUAAAUUUGAAACGUGAGAUGUGCUUUGAUUGUGGAAAACCGAUCUGCACCAAUUUGGUGCUGGCUGAACCAAAGACUGAAAUGGAACAGGAUCUCCAUACAUGCCCUGAUUGUGGGAAAACAUUCCGUAAUGGCCGAUGUUUUGCUAACCACCAGAGAAUCCAUGGGAAAGAACGGUAUAAAAAAGAGUCCCAGCAGGAAGCCUCUGGGGAAGAAGUGUUGCCUACUGAGGGAAGAGGUUAUCAGUGCCCUACCUGCAAGAGAGCAUAUUCAACACAUUAUAAUCUCAGGAGGCACCAGCAAGUCCACACAGAGUGCAAAUCCAACAAAAGUUCCAGCCAGGGAAAGGGAUCUUCCUGUAAAUGGUCAUUCAGUGAGAUUCAGAAUGCCCCAGGCAAAGGAGAACUCCAUCAGCACAAAUGCUCUUACUGUGGGAAAGCCUUCAAAGCAAAAAGUGUUCUCUACAGACACCAGCAAAUCCACAUAAAAGGCAAGCCUUAUAAAUGCAAUGUCUGUGGGAAAGCCUUUGCCUACAGAUAUACUCUUGCUCAUCAUCAAGAAUCCCAUAUCGAAGAACAGAUGUACCAACAUAAAUGCUCUUAUUGUGGGAAAGCCUUCAGAACGCAGUCAUCCCUCCGUAGGCACCAGCAACUGCAUAUGGGGAGCAAACCCUAUUCCUGUAGUGUCUGUGGGAAAGCCUUUGCCUACCGAUAUGCCCUAACUCAUCAUCAGGAAAUACACGUGGAAGGACCAUCCCAUAAAUGCUCUUUCUGUUGGAAAGCCUUCCGAACCAAUUAUUCUCUCAGUAGACAUAAGCGCAUCCACAUGGACACAAGGUCCUAUCAGUGCUCGGUUUGUGGGAAAGUCUUUGGAACAAAAUAUUCCCUCUUUCGGCACCAGGACAUGCAUGAAAAAAGAAGCUCUGAUAACAUGCCCAGUAGUGGGAAGGAUCCUAGUAACAGGUUGAACACAAUUAAACAUGAGGCUAUCACCCCAGAAAAAAAUUCUCACAACUGGUCAGACAGUCCAACCUUUGCUGGACAUCAGGGUGUCCAAGUGGAUGGGAAAAUCCCUGAGCAUUCUGAGGAUAUUGGUGGUUCCGCCUGCACUGAAAGCCAGAACACCCACUUGGAAGAAAAACCUGCUGUAGGGUUAGCAACUGAGAGACUAUCCAUAGACAACUCAGUGCUUCCUAAAAACCCAAUUAGCCAUGCCAAUGACAAUGUUAAUAAAUGGUUUGAAUAUUCAAUCUCAUCUAGAUAUCAGGGGAUCUUCACGAAAGAAAAUGCUCCUGAAUCUUCCGGGAGUGUGAACAGCUCACAGCUCACUGAACACCAAAACACCCACAUUGAACAAAGUUGUAUGAAAGGAUUGGAAGAUGAAAAAAAAAUUACAGAUGGCUCAGUGCUCACUCAAGAACAAGAUAGUCAUGGAGAAGGAAAUGUCAGUAGAUGGACUGAUAGUUCAAUAUAUUCAGGAUAUCAGGAUGCCCCUACAGAAGAAAAUCAUCCUGAGUGCUCUCAGAAUGGAGGGACCUUCAUGGCUAGCUUGACUCUUACUAAACAUCAAGGGAACUUGGAAGAAGAUUCCUUUAAUAAGUUAGAUGGUAAGAAGUCCUUUAAGGGCAGCACAAGUAAUCAGAGAAUCACUAAGGAAAAAAAGAGACAUAUAUGUUCCGAGUGUGGGAAAUCUUGCAGAGACAAAUAUUCUCUCACUAGACAUCAGAGAAUCCAUACCUCAGAGAGACCAUAUCAUUGCCAAACCUGUAGUAAAAGCUUUUGCCACUCCAAAGACCUUGCAAGGCAUCAGACAACUCAUUCAGAUAUUAGACCAUACCUAUGCACCGAAUGUGGGAAACGCUUCAAGACAAAAUCAGCCAUUGUCAAACAUCAGAAUGCCCACAAAGGAGUGAAACCUUACUGUUGCUCCUACUGUGGCAAAAGAGUCACAACAAGCUCAAUUCUUCGUUGUCACUUGAGAAUCCAUACAGGAGAGCGGCCAUAUAAGUGUACAGUGUGUGAGAAAGGUUAUAUGACUAGGUCAUCCCUUAAAAAACAUUUGGAGACACAUUUAAAAAAUGAACUCCUCAAAGGUUCCCUGUGAUGGAAAUCAGCCUGAUCCAAUUUUGUAAUAUGUUUUCCUGUGACUGUUUGGUGAUAAAAUGGAACAAUCCUUGAUGGUAUAAGAGUGGUGUUGUAGAACUCUAUUUAGUAUCUGUGGGACUGAAAUGCAUCUUAUAUCUGCAGAAGGCCCAGAUUCUUUGUGUAGGUGAUAAAACUACCUCAAAAACAGAAACUUGAAGCCUCAAAAUAUUUGGAUGUCUUAGCGCAAGAGACAGACAUCCACAAGACCUGUGAUAUAGAGGUUUUUCUUUGAAUUACUGAACCAGACUGGAGAGACAUAGGUGAUGGAUGGUAGAGAAGGAAAACGAUAAUGGAAACCAUUAAGUGACUGAUUGACUUUGUUGAAGGGGGGUGGCGGUGCUAGGGCAAUGGCUAUCCAUAAUUCUUCUUAAACAUCACCCCUCCCCUGGUUAAAAAAAAUGAAAUAUUGUUAAAAUCAGCAAUUUGAAGUGUUCUGAAUUCUAAUUCAGAACUCUACUUUCAUACUUUGGCCACCAUCUUAAGUAACUUUCUGUUGUAAAUUAGAUCAUUGGGAACAUUUGCCCUCCAGAUGGUAUAUUCUACAACUCCCGCGGUCCUUUAACAUUGGCCAUACUGAGUAAGAGUGAUGAAAUUUGUAGGCCAAAACAUCUGCAGAGCCAGAUGCUUCCCACACAUACUGUAUGUAAAAAGUAUUUUUGUUGUUCUUGUUACUCUUUCCUCUAAUCUCUCUGUGUGAUUAACCAUUCAGUAGUAUGCCAGGUAGAUUGGACCUACUUAGAUGGGGUUCACAAAAAUAUCAAAGGCGUACUUUGUUAUUUAUUCAGUCAAAAUAAGGUCAUAGCCAGCCUUCCUUGAUCGAUGUGGCUAUCAUUGUGGCUAUCCUAUUUCCAUCUGGGGCCUCCAAGAAAUAAAUAGAAAAUGAGUGAUUUUCUCAUAACUGAUAGAAACUUCUAGAACCCUCUCACCAAGCCCAGAUGUCUUGUGUGUAUUUUAGUACCUAUUAACAGUUGCUGUGAAAAACAGAAGUUGAAUAAGAAGUUAUUUUUAAGCGCAUAAUCUUUUACCUACUUAUAAUGAACAUCUUGAAAUAAACACUUUGUGCAGAAAAAAAGUCAUAACAAGUUUAUGCAGGCUCUGUGAAAGCCAAACAAAACUAAUUUACUAACACUUUGAGCUAGGUGAGGGGAGUAUUAGUGCAUUCAUAGACCAUUCACCCUUGGGUGAACUUAAGCCAUCUACCAUUUCUUCACUGUAUAUUUGAGAGUUUCAUGAAACUGAGACUGUGUCUGCACUGUAGGAAUAAUACAGUUUCACUCCACUUUAAGUGCUGUAGCGCCAUCCUAUUGAAUUCUGGGGUUUGUAGAAUUAGAGCCUUC